CUCAUCGACCACUAAUGCAAACUCAACUCUUUUUCUUACCCAAUUGAUAUGAAUUCUUUUUUUGUUUUUGUUUGGGUGAGCAACAGGCGCUAAAAUCAAAUAUUCUAAUUACAGGAAGAAUUUUUUUCCUAAUAUUUUGAAUUUAUUUGCUAACUUUUUUCUCUUUUUUCCCCUUGUUUGUUUGGGAGACAUGUUUUAGUGUUAAAAAUAAAAUAAAAACCGUGGUAAAAUGGUAAUUAUUAUAGAAUUUUAAGGGCUGGCUAGCAUCAUUAAACCGAAAGCAGCCGUCUCGAUUUUGUUUGUGUGACGGUAAUAUAUACCAUUAGGAUAGGAAUUAUGAGGUGAAAGGGAAUAAUAUAUUAUUAUGAUGAUAUCACUGCUCUUAUAUUAGAUAAAUAAUUUAAAAUAAAUAAAAUGGUGCGAUGUGCUGUUUAGAACUAAUUCUCAAUAUUCCCUAUCUCCACUCUUCUAGUGAAUAUAAUGGAGAUCGAUCGAUCGAGGAGAGUAGUAGUGGAACAAUAUUUGGAAUUUUAUGGGUUAUAUAUGUGAAGUAGCACUAUGGCAAUUUGCAGGCAGAGGGCAAUUAGGCAACCUUUCGUAACAGAGAAAAGCCGUUGCUCGUCAUAUAGGAAUGUGACCGGUGACAUGCAUUUUAUCGUAACUUGUACUUUUUGGUCGAUCUAAUUCUAACAGAGGUCGAUCGAAGACACUAAUGUGGGCACUCUGAUGACUUAUUAGUUAUUACGGUCGACCUUUAAAAUGUAGCGGUCAUUAACAAAAUGGUAGACCAUUUACAGAAAGAGGUCGACAAGAUAGAAGAGAAGUGUGUUGUAUCCAUUUAUCCAUCAUCAUUUGACGUAAAAUAAAGAUCGUGUUGGUUUCGUGGUCGACCUAAUCCGGUACGAGGUCGACCGAAUAUAGGAAAAUCUACCUAUGGCCUACGUCUUUUUUGCUUAUGUAUGUCUAUGUGGGUGGUGGUUCUUUUGUUCGUACAAAUUACGUUUCAAACCAAGAAAAUCCUCCAUAAAUAAUGAUAACAAAGACUCAUAACUUCAUAACAUAACAACUAAACAAACUAACAAGAAAUAUUAUAAAACACAAAUCAUAAUUGUUCACACAUAAUUAAAAUCCAAAACCACAUAAUAUCAAUCAACAAUUGUUUUUAACACUUAACAAUAAAAACACACAAUCGGUUAUAACACAAUCGUACUUAUGCGAUCGACCUAUUAAGUGCAAAAUGGUCGGCCUACGAGGUAUUUGGGUCGAACUUUUCAUUCUGUUCGCUUUCCAAAUAGGUCGACCAUUCAUUAUAGACGGUUAACCGCGUCGUUGAACCUCACAAAAUCGAAACAACAUAUCAGGUCGACCGAAAAAGUCCAUGUUACGGUGACAUGCAUCUCACCAUAGCAAAGUCCUGAAGCAUUUUGUUUAGAAUUUUUUUCGACGUGUCGCUUAUGCAUAAUUAAAUGGCGAAUAUAUAUGUCGUUAAUGUUAAACAAAAAAAAUUAACAUUAUCUACAAAAAUCAGUCUUCUAUCUUAAUCAUUUCAAUAUCUAGCAAACUUCGUGAGCUAUUUUUUUGAUGUCGUCGUUAAGUAUUGAAUAUAUUAACCACUCGAACUAAAACGGGGUUAGUGUUGUAAAUUGUUGUUUCAUUUAACUUUGUCAAUUUGAUAAGAAAUAAUAAUCGACCAUUCCAAUUCGCAGAAAUACAACAAAGUACGACUGUGAUAUCACUUGAAUCAUAUAUUCUGAUCAAUAUCAUAUAUUCUGAAGUCCAUGAUCGAUCUCCAUGCAUGAUAAGAGUUAUAAGCUUGAAUCUAUUCUCAUGGUUGUUGCAGGUAUCUUCCUCCAUACACGUCGUUCCUGCCCACAGAAAGAGAAGAGGAAGAAGAGGACAGAAACAGUCGUAGUGAUAAUAAUACUAUUCAAAAUAGCAACAGUACUACUGGAGAGAAAAGGGCGGGAAAUAAUAAUAUUGUGGAGAAUGUGAUAUUCUCGCCGCUCUCUUUUCUGGUCGUCUUCGUCGUCAUGGUGUGCAUCACCGAGAGGGAAAGCUUGAAGAAAGAUCCCCUCAAUUUCAACGUCUUCACCAUUGCCUUCGAAGUUGUCAGGUACACUACUACUUAUAUUAUUCUUCUUCUUCUUAUUAUUAUUCUAUAUUCCUCCAGCCUCUUCCUCUUCCCUUCUCAAAUCCUUCCUUCAAAUCCCUAAUUCGAUCUCUAAAUUCUUGAAUCUCUCAAUCGUCUUCUAUUCUAUCCCGUUACAAUAAUCGUAUGUCCCAUAAUAAUUUUAUAAUUAAAACGUAAGUGCGGUUUGAUCAGUAAUCUUUGGCAGCGGCGGAUCUAGGGGCCGCUCCCGGGCCGCGACCCAGCCCUCCCUCGAUCCAGAACUAGUAUAUAUAGUAUUUGUAAAUUUUUUAUUUUUGUUGUUUGUUUUAGUGUUUUUUCGUGUUACGGCCUAGCCCUCUCCACCUUUUUUCCAAUGUGGCCUAGUGCUCACUACCAAUGUAGUCAAAAGCGCGUUUCUAUGUAGAAACAGUUUGGUAAUUUAGAAGCGUAAAAUCGUAAGUUUUUAAGCUUUAAAGCGUAGUUUUUAUUAACUACAUUAGUUAUAAAAACGGAGAUUAUGCGGAGAAGCGUUUUGUUGACCUAAAAGUGUAAAACCGUAAAUUUUUAAAAUUUAAAACGCGAUUUUGACUGCAUUGCUCACUACUGCUGAUCUUUGGACACCACAAAAUUAAAUUGCUGGCUACACUAGCUCAUGAUCAUUUUGGUGGCUAAAACGUGUAUUCGAUGGGCAGCUUGAUGGCUGGUUCUGGACGGCAUUAGUCAAAUCUUAUCUCUGUUUUAAAGUAAAGAUAGAUAUAUAUAUGUUUUGAUUGUGGGUUAUCCUCCCAUUUCCUUUCCCUCCUUUGUUUGUGUUUUGUUUCCACUUAGAUGUUGUUUUGGAAGUUGUGAUUGUUUUAUUUAGUUUUGAUUCAAGUCAAUGAGUUCAUUUUUCACGUCUUUAAAAUGUUUAUUUUUGGCAUAAUUCAUCAUACGAAAUAAAUAAUAUUUUUUUUUUGAAGGAAUUGUUCCAUUGAGGAUUGAAGAGAAUGAAUUCUGUUAAGGGGAAUGAAUUUUUUUUCUUCUUUGGGAACAUGUUAUUUAUUCCGAUGGAGAUCAGUGAUUUAUGGGGAAUAAUUACCCUCUUGAUUGAAUAUUUUUUCAGUACUCCACUAUACUAAACCUUUUUUUCUCUUGGCUCUAAGACUAGAGACCAAAGGGAAAUCCCCAACUUUCCCCAAACCCUUUUAUUCGAGUCUCUUUUUCCCCCUUGCGGAACAUUUGCAGAAAACACGUAUUUGGGGAUUUUGCCACUAUAUUGAUUCUUAACUGACAUUGUUGGAUCAUGUAUAUCUCGUAAUUUAAUGGAUUAUCAAAUAAACCACAUAUUUCAAAUGUAUUUUUUUUUUUUCGUUGAAUGAAUAUUUUUCUUUACAUGUGUUUCAUGGUUAAGAUAUUGUGGGAAGUUUGUCAAGAACCAGUUGGUCCCAAUAACUCGAGUUGUUGGGAGAAGGUUUUGCUGGAUCUUAUACCACACUCUAACACGCCCCCUCAAACGAAAGCCAACCCAUGGGCUUGAAGUUUGCACAGGCCCACCAUACCAUGUGCUUGAAAGACAACGGUUAAUAUUGGGGGUCGUGGAGAUUCGAACACAUGACCUUUUGGUUCGAGGCUCUGAUACCAUGUCAAGAACCAGUUGGUCCCAAUAACUCGAGUUGUUGGGAGAAGGUUUUGCUGGAUCUUAUACCACACUCUAACAAACUUAAAUCAUGCUA